ACACCAUUACUCUUAGCUGCAAGGCUCGGAAUGGCGACCUUAGCCAAGCUGCUGCUUGACGGCGAGGCUAGGGUUGAUUUAGAAGACCCCCGGUCCGGUCGGACGCCACUGUCAUGGGCGGCCGGGAGCGGGCACGAGGCCGUAGUUAAGUUGCUCCUCGAGGCCGAAGCCGACAUCAACUUAAAAGAUAAGGAGGAUCAAACGCCGCUAUUAUUAGCGGUUGGGAAUAGGCAUGAGGCCGUAAUCAAGUUACUCCUU